AAAAAUAACUAACAAUAACCUACAAUUUGGAUAAUCUCGCAAACAAUCAUAUAAAAAAAAAAUGGAGCUGGGUUCGAUGGAACCCAGCAAAUGGGUUCCGUCGAACCCAGCAAACUGGGUUCAAUGGCCUGCCGAGGAAGAAAAGGAAGAAAGAAGAGGAAGAAAGAAGAGGAAGAAAGAAGAGGAAGAAAAAGAGAAAGGAAGAAGACCAGUGUUAUCAAUAGCGGAUAGCGGCAAAUAGCGGAAAGGCCAAAAUCCGCUAUGAUAGCGUAGCGGGUAGCGUAGCGGCCGCUAUAGACAAAUAGCGGGUAUUUAAUAAAAAAAUUAAAAUAUAAAUCUAAUAAUUAAAAUAAGAGAUAAAUCUAGUAAUAAAAAGCAUAAAAUGACCUAAAAAUUUAUAAAAAUUAUCAAAAAUUAUAAAAAAUAAUAUUCUCAAGUCUCAACAAAUAAAAAUCAUAGUUUAUAAUAAUCAAACAAGAUAAUAAAAUACUUAAAGAGUAUAAAAAUCAGAUAAGAUCAAUUCUGGAAAAAGUCAGAUAAUAGAACUUUAAAACAAAAAAUCAUUCACUUUCCAUGUCACUGUCAAAAUCAACUUAUUAUAUACAAUCUAGACUUCCAUAUUAGAAAAUACAUCAUAGAAUCAAAAUCAAGAUUUUAUUUUCCUAUAUAAACUUGCUUGAAUACA